UUCAUGGGCGCAGGAAUCUCGGAUAGAGGUUCCGUAAAGCGGUUUCCGGUCUCUCCGGCCCUUUUCCUCCGCUAAAAGACUCAUCAUGUCGGCCCAUUUGCAGUGGAUGGUCAUCAGGAACUGCUCCAGCUUCCUUAUCAAGAGGAACGGACAGACCUACAGCACUGAGCCCAACAACCUGAAGUCCAGGAACUCUUUCCGCUUCAAUGGUUUGGUGCACAAGAAGACUGUUGGUGUUCAGCCAGCGGCCGAUGGGAAAGGUGUCGUCGUCGUGCUGAAGAAGCGCAGAGGCCAGCACAAACCUGCCGGUUCUUAUGAGAAGAUCACCAUCAACAAGAACUCCCGUGCCACCCUCAACAGCCUGAGGCACAUCAUUCGCAAGAACAACUACAGGAAGGACCUGCGCAUGGCUGCCCUGCGUCGUGCCAGUGCUAUUCUGAAGAGCCAGAAGCCUGUUGUGGUCAGGAAGAAGCGUACCAGGGCUACCAAGACCGCAUAAAUGAAAACACAUGACAAAUAAAUAAACUUUUUGUUUGGAAAAAAACUA